AUGUCUGUCGAAACUAAACAAGCAGCAUACACGCUAGUUUUCGACCCUUCAACUGGUGGUGAAAGUUACACUAUCAGUGAACUACAAAAAGCUUUAGAGAAAGGAUCUGAAGAUGAGAAAGUUGCAGCUAUGAAGCACAUUUUGGUAAUGAUGCUAGAUGGUAAUCCAUUACCAGAAUUGUUGAUGCAUAUUAUCAGAUUUGUUAUGCCUUCCAAAAACAAGAAGUUAAAGAAAUUGCUAUAUUUUUACUGGGAAAUUGUCCCAAAGAUGGAUGAAGAAGGUAAAUUAAGACACGAGAUGAUUUUGGUUUGUAAUGCUAUUCAGCACGAUCUACAACAUCCAAAUGAAUAUAUUAGAGGUAAUACCCUGCGUUUCCUAACUAAGUUACAUGAACCUGAAUUAUUGGAACAAAUGGUUCCAUCCGUCUUGGCUUGUCUAGAGUACCGCCAUGCCUAUGUUCGUAAAUAUGCUAUUUUGGCCGUCCAAUCAAUUCACAAGGUUAGCGAACAUUUAAUUCCGGAUGCUAAUGAAAUCGUUUACAAAUUCCUAGAGGAUGAACUGGAUCCUAUCUGUAAGAGAAAUGCUUUUAUUGGUGUUGCAGAAUUGGAUCGUGAAAAUGCUUUGAAAUAUUUAGAAGAAAAUAUUGUUAGCAUUGAGAAGAUCGAUCCUUUGUUACAAUCUGUUUUUGUCGAAUUCAUUAGAAAAGAUGCAAACCUAACCCCAUCAUUAAAGGAUCAAUAUAUUGCUUUAUUAAUGGAGUUAUUAAAUGCAACUACCUAUGAUGAUGUCGUAUUAGAAACUGCUCUAGCUUUGGCCCUUUUAACUUCUAAUAGCACAAUAUUAAAUGCAAGCGUCUCCAAAUUAACAGAUUUGGCAGACAGAGUAUCAGACAAUAACGUUAAACUGAUUGUCUUGGAUAGAGUUCAAGAUAUCAAUAGCGCUAAUCCGGGUACUCUAGAGGAGAGAACUCUGGACAUUUUACGUUUAUUAAAUUCAGAGGAUUUAGAUGUUCGUUCGAAGGCUCUGGAUAUUUCUCUAGACUUGAUAUCUUCAAGAAAUGCAGAAGACGUUAUUCAAUUGUUGAAGAAAGAAUUACAAAUUACCGUUACAAAUAACGAAAAAGAAAAUGCCAUGAAGUAUAGACAGUUAUUGAUUAAGGCUAUUCGCUCUAUCGCCAUCAAAUUUUCCGAGAUGGCUGAAAGCGUAAUAUCUUUGCUAUUAGAAUUUAUUGGUGACUUGAAUUCUGUUGCUACAUGUGGUGUCAUUUCUUUUGUGAAAGAUGUUAUUGAAAAAUACCCACAGCAGAGAUCUGUUAUCCUGACCCAGUUACUUGGAGCUUUAGAGAACGUUAAAUCUGCAAAAGCUUACCGUGGUGCUCUAUGGAUUUUGGGUGAAUAUUCGGAAUCAUCUUCAGAAAUUCAGGCUUCUUGGAAACAUCUGCGUACAAGUAUCGGUGAAGUUCCAAUUGUUCAAUCAGAAAUGAGAAAAUUAAACAAAAAUGAGGAGGAAAACAAGGAAGAAUCUAAGGAUGAAACUACAAAGUCUUCUGGUCCAGUUAUUCUUCCAGAUGGUACAUAUGCUACUGAAAGUGCAUUCGGUAAUGAAAACGUUUCAAAGAAGAUAACUGCUUCAGAGAAAGAAGAAAGACCACCUCUUCGUCGUUUUAUAUUAGGUGGUGACUUUUACACAGCUGCAAUCCUUGCAUCAACUGUCGUGAAAUUGGUCUUAAAAUUUGAUAAAGUAUCUAAGGACAAGCAUGUUAUGAAUGCCUUGAAGUCCGAAGGUCUGUUGAUUUUAGUUAGUAUUAUCAGGGCAGGUCAAAGUUCGUUGGUCGAGCGUAAAAUUGAUGAGGACUCCGCUGAUAGAUUAAUGACUGCUAUCUCCAUUUUAAUGGAUGAAAACGAUCCAAACGAAAAACCAAGCGAGAGAAGUUUAUUGGAACUUGCCUUUAUCGAUGCUACAAGAGAAUCUUUCAAAAACCAAUUAUCUCUAUCUAAACGUGCAAACCUAAGAAGAUCCGUUAAAGAUGUUGUCAAAAAUGCAGAUACUAUUGAAACUGCAAUUUCUUUCAGACAAUUUACCCAUUCAAAUGUUGGUGCUAUUGAAAAGGAUACCGUUGAAGAAGAUUUGAAUCAAGCUAUUCACGGUGAUGCUUCAGAUUUCGCGGCUAAACAAGCAUCUUCGAAAUUAAAGAAGAUUGUCCCAUUGACUGGUUUCUCUGACCCAGUGUAUGCUGAAGCUUACAUCACAAACAACCAAUUUGAUGUUGUUUUAGAGGUUUUGUUAGUCAAUCAAACGAAGGAUACUCUAAAGAACCUACACGUUCAAUUUGCUACUCUCGGUGAUCUAAAAAUUAUUGAUAAACCUCCAAGCACCAAUAUAGUUCCUCAUGGUUUCCAUAGAAUUACUAUUACUGUUAAGGUUUCAUCUGCAGAUACUGGUGUUAUUUUUGGUAACAUUAUAUACGAUGGUGGUCACGGUGAAGAUGCAAGAUAUGUUAUAUUGAACGAUGUCCAUAUUGAUAUUAUGGAUUAUAUUAAACCAUCUGUUACAAGUGAUGAACGUUUCCGUACGAUGUGGAAUGAAUUCGAAUGGGAAAACAAGAUUUCAGUCAAGUCUGAUCUUCCAUCCCUACACACAUACUUGGAAGAAUUGACCAGAGGUACAAACAUGGGUGUUCUAACACCACAAGAAUCGUUGGGUGAAGAAGAUUGUAGAUUCUUAAGUUGUAAUCUAUAUGCGAAAUCUUCCUUUGGUGAAGAUGCUUUAGCCAACUUAUGUAUCGAAAUGGACAGUAACACUCACCAAGUUAUUGGUUACGUUAGAAUCCGUUCCAAGGGCCAGGGUCUAGCCCUUUCCUUAGGUGAUAGGGUUGCAUUGAUUGCUAAACAGAGUAACAAAAUUAAAUUAAGUCGUGUAUAA